GGCGGGCUUUUCAAAAUUGAAGGUACCCAAUAGGAGCGGCGUAUUCCUGGCAGCCAAUCAGGGAGCGGUGCAGUCUAUAAAAGCGGCUGCGGCAGCACGGUGCGCUUAUUUCUCGGUGUCAGUUCCCGGGCUUUGCUGUGAGUUCCUGCAGCGAUGGCGCGCACGAAGCAGACGGCGCGGAAGUCGACGGGCGGCAAGGCGCCCCGCAAGCAGCUGGCCACCAAGGCUGCCCGCAAGAGCGCGCCGGCCACGGGCGGCGUCAAGAAGCCGCACCGCUACCGGCCCGGCACGGUGGCGCUGCGCGAGAUCCGGCGCUACCAGAAGUCCACGGAGCUGCUGAUCCGCAAGCUGCCCUUCCAGCGCCUGGUGCGCGAGAUCGCGCAGGACUUCAAGACCGACCUGCGCUUCCAGAGCUCGGCCGUCAUGGCGCUGCAGGAGGCCAGCGAGGCCUACCUGGUGGGGCUCUUCGAGGACACCAACCUGUGUGCCAUCCACGCCAAGCGCGUCACCAUCAUGCCCAAGGACAUCCAGCUGGCCCGCCGCAUCCGCGGCGAGCGCGCCUGAGUCUCCUGCCCCGGGUGCAUUCUAUGUGAUCCUGAAUUCUUUUUCUCACACCCUAAAGGCUCUUUUAAGAGCCACUACAUUCCACAAGAGAGUUGAGACGCUAUUUUCCUUAUACAUUCUUAAAAGAAUUAUUCUGAAAUUCUAAAAGGUUACUGCUAUUCCAAUGUAAGUAUGCCAGUAAUAUCAAGUACUUAAGCUGCUUUCCUAUUUUAGGCAGUGUUGCAUGCUGUUUUUGUGAUGUGCUUUCUAAUGCCCAUUCAACUGUACAGAAUGAGUAAAUUGCAUAAAGCAAAUGAGUGUUCAAACACAGCAAGUGGAAAAUAUCAUACCAAGUCAGACAGCCCACACUUUGUUUUCCCUGUCCCUCUUCCCUCCCCCCACCCUGAACUUGAUAUUUUGUGUAAAACAGUCUAUUUGGAGCAGUCGAGGUUUACUUUAAAGCUCUGUGGAAGGUAUAACCUGAGUUAGCAUUAGAAGAAAAACAUUAUCAAGUUUCAAAUAGUUUUUAUUAACUUUUAUACUCUAUCAUUGCUUUUACUGUGAUGUACUCUUGAAAUUUUAACUGGGUAUCUCAGAGAUCUACGUCUGUCACAUGACUAAAACAGUAGUGCUAAGAUUAUAAGCUCGAUGAUAGGAUUAAUAAUUG